UUUUCUUGUGCAGGUUCUGGUCACAAUGUUGAUGUUCCGGGUUAAAAGGGAUGUUGCAAAAAGGGCAUUGAACACCAUGUGUUCUUCAAACUAUUUGAGAAGAAGGAACUUCUGUGACACUGCAGCUGUUGAAGUCUCCUCCAGUAUUGAGCGUGGCACGGAUUAUGCAGAGAAGGUUGGUAUGACAAAUAAGGUUGACCAACAUGAUAUUGCAAUCGUUGGUGGAGGCAUGGUCGGCCUGGCUUUUGCUUGUGCAUUGUCAAGUAUGCCUUUGACAAAACAAUUAUCAAUAGCUAUUAUUGACAGUAAUCCUGCUUUAAGGUCAAGACAAUGCUUUAAUAAGAAUGCUAUCCCUGAUCCAAGAGUUAGCACAGUGACUCCUUCAACAAUAUCAUUUUUCAAAGAGGUUGGUGCUUGGGAGCAUGUUGAGCAACAAUGACAUGCAUUUUUUAAUCAAAUGCAGAAGAGAGCUUGAUAUUUGGGAUUUCAACUUUUGAGAGCAGAAUAGCUUAAAUGCUGAAUCAACAAGUUAUGGGAAGGAAAUGGUGGGAACAAUAAAUUAAUUUCAAGUAUGGGAUUAUACUGGUCUAGGAUACACUAGGUAUAAUGCCAGAGAUGCAGGGAAAGAUUGUCUCGGAUGUGUGGUGGAGAAUAAGGUGCUUGCAAAUUCACUAUUGUUGUGCUUACAGAAUGCAGAUUUCCAGAAGUCUAUUUACUCUGCCAGAUUGACCUCAAUGGCCUUCCCGUCACAAUAUUCGUCAGCAGGAAAUGCUGCUGGACAAAAAUAUGUCAAGGACAAUAUAUCAGGGGCA